AUGUUCGGCGCCACUGCACACAGCCGCGAUAACCUCGAUACUGUUGAUAGGCUUGUGAAGGGCUUUGACGAAUGCCAUGCCAAGCUCCGCUCUCUGAAUAAAUCCGCAGGCCAGGUCGACGAAAUAGCAAAGUCUGACACUGCAAUCACAAGACGACAUCAUGAUACCAAGUUAAAACCAGAAGAUGUCUCAGAAAAGGCGAUGCACAUCCAGACCCAGUUUGAUGUCACGCAGCGGACAAUCAAUGAGCGACCAUCGCCGCCAUAUGCCAAUUUACCUCAGCGAUCCAAAGAGAUCCUUCAGGGCGAGGAUAGUAUGAAAGCAUUUGCAUGCAUGCUGCACGAUGAAGAGUUCUCCCUGCAGCUGUUGCAGCACUUGGGUCCUGACAUGGCUUGCAUGUUGGACAGUGCAAUCGAGCGCCAGCGCGUGAUGGAAGACUCUGCGCGCUAUGAAGCCUAUCGAGCUUUAAACGCCGAUUUAGCCGCGUCCCGAGCCAGCGAGGCCACCCUCAUCGCUGAGAUCGAUCAUCUUCGUGUGGUUCACCGAGCUAUGGAAGACACGAACCGAGCCAUCAGUGCUGAGCUCUCCGAGUCCCGUGCCCACGAGUCUAGCCUACUUACCGAGCUCGAUGGUCUUCGUGCUGCCUUUGCUGGCUUGAAUGCAGAUCUAGUCGAGUCUCGUGUCAGCGAGAGCAACCUAUUCUCUGAGCUAGUUGAUCUCCGCGCUGCUCAUCAAGCCACAGAGGCUUCGCAGCGACAAAAAGUAGCGGACCUCUAUGCCGCACAGUCAGCUGCGCAACGUGAACUGGCUGCGCUUCGCGAGUCCACUGCUGUUGACAGAGAUGAGAUGGCAGUGCUGCGCGAUGAAAUUGAGGUCAUGGAGGCCGAAAUGAGCAGACUUCGUGCUGACGGUGCUAUUGUGGACGCUGAAUUGAGCAGGCUUCGCGCCGAUGGCGUUGCUAUGGACGCCGAAAUGAACAGACUCCGUACAGAAUGUGCCGCCGUUCAGGCUAAGAACUCAUGCAUGCAGAAUCUGUUGGCGAAUCAGCAUACGACGGAAGUCUCAUUGAAAGAGCAGCUCGCAAAGCUAAUCGCUGAACGAGAGGAGAUGAAAGCCGACCUGCACGUUUUCCAGAGCCAAAACUCGAGCUUAAACGCUUGCCUCAAUGACAGAAACGCCGCCAUCGACUGCUUGCGUAGAGAGGUGGAUGAGCACAAGAAAGCCCGGCUCUUCACGCAGUCAUUAUUGGUCCAUCUCAGCGGCUUUCCUCCCGAGGGAAAGCACUGGGAAGACCUCUCAUCUUCGCUCAAGCUCUCGCGGCAGACACACUGCGAGCCGACAGCGGCAAGUUGGCAGUGGCUCCAAGCCUGGGAUGACGACGCCCAGCCGCCCGAGAUGCACCGCUCCGCCACGGCCGCUUUGUGCUGUGCCUGCGUAUGCCUUCACAACUGGAUGGACAAUCACCGCCGGGCCCGGGACCACCUGCAGUCCCUCGUCAACAGUCUAGAAACUGCCACAGAGCUCCCUGUCGGGCUGUGCCACACUGUGCUCUUCGCCAUCCUCGACGUCGCCCAGCAGAAGCAGCAGCAGCAGCGGCGGCCGCUGCGCUUCGACCUUGCGCUUCUUCUAUGCCAAGCCUCGCAGCUCAUUGCAUCAAAAUGCCACUCGGAGCGGCGUCGCGAGGCCGCGGCCAAGGUUCGCGCGUUUGUGUCGCGCGACUGUGCCGACGGCUCGCUGCUCGACGCGUUGCUGGACGGCUGGGACAAUGACGACUUGGCGAACCGGGUGCCGUUUUGUGCGCCCACGCUCGCGCAGGAGGGCCGGAUCGUGUAUGUGCAAUCGGUUGAUUCGCUGCUGUUUGUUUCGCGAGAGAGAUUGAGGUUGCGCUGGAUCAGCGUCCGUAAAAUUGAUUGGACAAAAUCCGGGAGAGACACUAUUCACGUGCGCAGCGGCGAUGCGAGUCAAAAGGUCAAGUUUGGCCAAGUCGGGGUAGAAUUCUACAAGGCUCUUCUUCACUUGUGA